UUGGAAUGAUAAGAGAUAUUGCUACAGAAGCCCAAAAUGUCAAUGAGUUAGCAAAAAUGACCGCUUUGAACAUUAUAAUAAAAUCUUUCAAAGUCCAAAAGGAUUCCAAUAUGGAAGAUAAUCAACUUGCUGGGAUGAUAAUGUCAAUGCAAAAUCAGCAGAAUAAAGAAAAGAAAAAGGAUCUUCAUCGGAUUCAUCACCAGCUGAUUCCAGCUAGCAAGAAUGAAGAGAAGAAGGCUAAGGAAAAGAAACCUAAAGACAUUAAGGAAGAAAAAGAAAAACAAGAUGAUAAGGAAAGUAAAAAGCUGGAUCCUUCCAAGUGUAUCAACUCAUUCCCAAGUGCCGAUGUCAUGAAGAUGGAAGAAGAAUUCUGGAAACGAAUCGACAUUAAUGAAGUUUCAUUCGUAGGAGGAUCUCUUGGAAGAUACAAAGGUGGAGUCACAGCUGUUCAAGUCAGUCAUAACAGUAGACUUGUUGCAAUCGGUCUCGAUGCAGGAUAUAUUCUGUUAUAUGACCUUGUAUAUCAAUCAAAAGAAGAAGGAAUUAAAGAUAAAGGUCAUGGAUCUCCUUAUCUGAUCAGGGUUGUUUCUAAUAUUAAAUCCUCAGUUGUUAAUUUAGAGUUUUCUUAUGAUAAUUAUACACAAUUGAUAGCUACAUUUGCUGAUGGAACUGCUAAAGUGUAUAAUAUCAAUCAACAUGCAGGGGGGUUAGACAAAUUUAAAUAUGCCAAGAAAGAUCAGCUUGCACAGAGAACUAUCUUCCAGAUGGAAGAAAAGAUGUUUUUGAAUUCAAGUUACUGUCUAUCAUUAGACGAAAGUAGCAACACAAUUCUCGGCACAAGUUAUAAGUUAGACAUAACAACCUUUUUCCCUUCACUAACAUUCACGGGAAUGCAGCAUUCAUAUAUUUUUGCCUGUCAAAAUGGUUUAAUUGUUAAAAUAAAUUCGAAUAAGAAUGUACGAAAUGAACAAAUGAAAGUUGGAUUAUUUAAUAGAGCUCUUGGACCGAUAAUAGCUCCAGAAGAGCAGAAAUUUCCAAAGGGAAAAUAUCCUUUCUUCAGGCCAAAAAUGCUUCCUGAGCCUGAGACAAAACCCCAUAUUGACCGAGAAUUCUUCUCAGGCCAUAAUUCUCCAAUUCUUUUACUCGGGUUUAUAGAAGGCAGUCCAAACAUAAUAUCUGUUGAUCAGAGAGGGUACUGAUUUAUUUGGGAGUACAAAAAGAGUUCUUUCACAGAUUUGUUAAACUUCAAACCAACAAUCAAACUCAAAGUUGAGUUGAACUAUACUCUCUUCAUUCCUGAAGACUCUGAGCGGAUCUUUCCUGCUAAAGGAGAAAGAGAGAUAAAUCCGAAGAGAGAGCCCACAGCCAGUGCUAUGGAAAAAAUUGGAGAAUUCAUGUCAGGAAUAAACGUGCCUGAAAUUAUUGAUAGCUCAAAGUGUACGAUUCGAGAUGAAAAUACUAAUACAACUCAGUUCUUCGUCCCUCAAACAGAACUCCCUGAGGAGUUUGGACUUGCAGAUUUUAUCGAGUAUAUCUUCAACUCUCAGAACUUUUGUAUUAAAGCGGUUCACCAGAAGUUCCAGGCUCAGAAACAUUCAUGUCAGAUAAUUGGGGCAAAAAUGUCAAAGGAUAGGAAGUACGUAGUCUUCCAUCUACUCAAGGACCACUUCCUUUCCCUAAAAGCACGAGAGAACCAUGAAUUCGUGGUAUUUAGAAUAAUGGGUCAACGUCUAAAUAUUUUCAAAGUAACUCUAGAUUUUGACAAGAAUUCAAGAAUCAUGUAUGAAAUCAGCAGUGAGAUUCCUCCAUUUAACCUGCCUUACCUUUACGUAGUCAGAGGGACUUACAUGCUGAUAGUCUCUCUAGUGACAGGUCAGACUCUGAAUCGGCUUAACUUUGGUGAUCUCAUCAAGGAACAUAUCAGCACAUUACACACAAAGAAGGAGAUAAUAUUUGAUAAAAUUGUGUCACACAAUUACAAAAAUCUGUUCCUGACCUCAAAGAAAUUUGACACUGUAAUGCAGAUCAAGAUGUAUAACUCUAUGGAGAGCUCUGAGAUCGAAAGUUUCAGAUCAUUUGGACAGGUUUUGAACGGAUGAUGGGAUGCUCCCAACACCCAGAAGUUGAAAGAAGUUAUAUCCCAACCCUUAUUUUAUGCAGAAUAAGCAGAAAUUUAUUUUAAACAUAUUCAAC